CGAGAAUCGUGGAGUAGCAUGCUCAAGGCCGAGCAACGUCGCGCUGCGACCUGCGAGGAUGUGACAGCAUCAUGCGCCCAGUGCGGGGCGUCUCACUAGGAUAGCCGUCAGCACGAGACACUAGUGAGUAGUUCAAGUGCAAAUUAAUGGGUGGUCGCCCUGGCUGUCGUCGUUCGAGUAGGUGCGGCUGUAUAUAUUAGUAGGCUCGAAUGUCCGCCUUCAUCUUGAUACUUCGAGCCCCGCUCCCAGUACAGUGUUUCGUGUAGCCUCGCAUUCUUCCACCAGACGCCAUUCCGCCGCGCGACGUGGAUCCUCUAUUCCUAUAAGACCUUCACUCAGCCUCAGACCCCCUGCGCGUCACUCUAAAUGCCAAGAGGUUGAAGAAACCUCGAUUCCCUUCCUUCUGUUCUGCACGAUGGGUUGGUUUAAGCUCGUUAUCGUUGGAGCCUUGCUGCCUGCUGCUUUUGCGGUCCCUCAAAGGAAUAUUCGUCAGAGUUAUGACGACGAGGCAAAACGAGCACAGGCAGUGAAAGACGCGUUCCUCUUUUCGUGGAACGGCUAUAAGACUUAUGCAUUUCCUCAUGAUGAGCUCCACCCGGUGAGCAACUCGUAUGGCGAUUCAAGGAACGGCUGGGGAGCCUCCGCCGUGGAUGCUCUCAGCACAGCUUUGGUCAUGGAGCUUUCUGAUGUCGUGAACGAAAUCAUCGAGUACGUCCCGACUAUAGAUUUCUCCAAGACUAGUACCGAGGUCAGCCUAUUCGAGACCACUAUCCGGUAUCUUGGCGGCAUGUUGGCUGGAUAUGAUUUCCUGAAGGGCCCAUUAUCGGGCUUAGCAAAAGAUGAGAAAAACGUCGAUGCUUUGCUUGCUCAGGCCCAGAGUCUCGCCGAUAUUCUGUCAUACGCAUUCGAUACUCCAACAGGAAUCCCGUUCAACGAGCUCUGGAUUGAGAAUCGCUCGCAUGUAGAUUCAUUUCAAGGGCUUGCAACCACCGGAAGUCUCAUCCUCGAAUGGACUCAUCUAUCCGAUCUCACGGGAAAUCAGACAUAUGCAGAAUUGAGCCAGAAGGCGGAAUCUCGUCUGCUUAAUCCACAGCCAGCUUCUAGCUCGCCAUGGCCGGGCCUUCUGGGUUACAAUAUCAAUGUUACCACAGGACUAUUCCAGGACGACUUUGGUGGCUGGAUCGGCGGAGCUGAUUCGUACUAUGAGUAUCUAAUCAAAAUGUUCGUCUACGAUCCCACUAGGUUCAAGGAAUACAGUACCUACUGGUCCACCGUUGCCGAUUCUACGAUUGCACAUCUGACAACUCAUCCUACGACGCGACCAGACAUCACUUUCGUGGCCGAAUAUAGCGGAAAGACCCUGAUCGAGAGCUCUCAGCAUCUUGCAUGCUUCAACGGCGGUAACUUCCUCCUCGGCGGCACGGUUUUGAAAAAGCAAACCUAUAUCGAUUACGGCCUUGACCUUGUCGACGGCUGCCGCGCGACCUACGCCGGAACAGCCACCGGCAUUGGCCCCGAAGUUUUCGGGUGGAACUCUUCCCUUGUUCCCGCUAAUCAGACAGAAUUCUUCCAGAAGAACGGGUUCUACAUUACGACCGCAAGCUACGACUUACGCCCAGAGGUCAUCGAAUCUUACUAUUAUGCCUACCGUGUUACUGGCGACAAAAAGUACCAGGAGUGGGCUUGGGAAGCCUUCUUGGCCAUCAAUUCUACAUGCGCGGCAAACUCGGGCUAUUCGGCCGUGGACAACGUGAACGAGGUAGGAGGCGGAGCGAAGGAUGACUUCGAGGAGAGCUUUUGGUUCGCGGAGGUGAUGAAGUAUGCGUACCUAAUCCAUGCACCGGAGGCAGAGUGGCAGGUGGAUGGAAGCGGGAACAAUAAGUGGGUGUUCAACACAGAAGCACAUCCAUUCAAGGUCGUGGGUUAGUUCAUUCCAAAGAAUACUAUUACUAGCUGAGUGCAGAGGACAGUGGGUGGCUCCAAAUGAAAGCCUUGAUGCAAAUAAGACAAGUCAGACUUCACAGGCCCAUCCAACUUCACAGGCCCAUCAUACUUCACAGGCCCAUCAUACUUCACAGGCCCAGCAACUUCUUUCUUUCUCUGCGCCUCUUUUUCAAGCGUUUGGACUCCUCAUAAUAAACGCUAUAUUCUAGAUAGACGUCGUCGAAGAUCACGUGAUUUACACAAGCCCGAUAUCUUACCAUUGUAGCUAGUCUAAUAGGUUGUCUCGUACCAAACCAAGUCUUGAACAAGAACUAAAUUGCGAAG